AUGGCAUCUUUUGCCCACACAAAUUGCCUCCCUGCUGUGCACUUUGCAUCCGACGAUGUAGCUAAUAGCUCACAUAUUCGUAUAUCACCUGUCUUCUACUGUCCUCCAGAGCCAAUUACCUCUCCGCCAGCACCACUAAGUGGGCAGAAUCGUUUGGCCAACGGAAGUGCGUUUGUCUCUCCUCCGUCUAACGGUGAUUUAUCCGCCCCUCUACAUCACUCUACCGCGCUGCCUUCCAACACUACUGUCGUUGUUAACAACAACAACACCAACAACAACAACACCAACUGUAAAACUUCCUCUACUAACGAAAGUUCUGCCGCUUCCACCGUCUCCAUCUCCGUUACUAUCGCAGCUGACGCCUUCGCCUCCGAAUUAAAGACUCGCCUCGCUAUGCGAAGGAGUUCGCCUCCAUCGUCGUCGACAAGUGAUGUGGAAUGUGGUGCCUCUAUGCGUCCCUCGUCAUCAGCUUUGCGGACGGUGUCAGAACUCUCCGCGCGCUUCAAUUCCGUCCUCCACCGUCCGCGUCCCCCGCUAUUGCCAGUCACAACGGCAACGUCAGCAAAACAGGCAAGGGAAGACGAGGUUGAAAGUGUUCAUUGUGCCAUUUCCGCGACUCCACCGAAUACUCCCCAAGAACUCGCUUCUCUUCGUCGAGCAGAUUCAGAACUGUGGCAACGACGGGCACUCUAUUUGGCAGGCUUUUUGGAACGUCGGCCAAGCCAUCAAGACCUCCUGGCCAAGAACAUUCUCUCUGGUCGCACUCCACAAAUGCGUGCUGAGCUGAGAGCCAAGAUUGAGGUCAGUCUGGAGCGCCAGUUAAGUCAGAGACCGACUCCUGGUGAACUGGAACAAAAGAAUAUUCUCCACUUGGGAAGUGAGGAGUCACGCAUGCGAGAAAAGGAGGAAAAGAAGCAAACGCUAUCGCGAAAGUUGACUGACGAUGAAACCCGCCGGGAAAGGGAUAUGAGUGGACGCUCCCCACUCACCGACAUUGACAACGAGCCACAGGAAUGUCAGUUGAGAUGUAGAAGUGAGGUGAAACCGGAGACGGCGACGAAUCUCUCAUUCAGGCCAUCGGUAGAGGAGCUAAAGAAUCGCCGGAUCAUUCGCUUUAACGACUAUGUCGAAGUGACCGAGGCUGUGACCUACGACAGACGUGCAGACAAACCCUGGACUCGCCUCACACCAAAAGACAAGGUUGGAUGUCAGCUCCUUAACAUUGUUUUUAAGUUCCCAUCGUCUACUGUCUCGUUUUGCGCUCCCGUAGUCUACGAAUGUCAUCUCUGA